AUAUAAAAUCAACGUGGAAUACCAUUGUACUCAAAUUGUCUCUCAAACCCAUAGUAACUUUCUUCCUCCUCCACCUUCCCCUUUCACGGGCAUUCCUCUAGAUUACAGAGAUACUUUUUCUUUCCAAUUUUGCAACUAAACCCAAAUAUAUAAGGAAAGAGCGUAUUUGAGCCGAAGAUAAACAGUCUUUUCAUUUUAUUAGGAGUAAGAUUUGCGUACAUCUUUACCCUCCUAGAUUUGCGUACAGUUUACCCUCCCUAGAUCUCACUUGAAAUUACACUGAGUUUUUUGUUGUUGUUGUUGUAUAUAAGAAAGAGAUUCUUAAGUCGAGGUCUACUCUGUCUUUUCAAAAUAAAGAUAAGGUCUGCGUAUCCUCUACCUUCUCAAAUCUCACUUGUAGGAUUACACUGAGUUUGUUGUUGUUAUCAUCGUAUAUAAGGAAAGAGAGCAUAGAGAGGAAAAAUGGAGGUUGAUGGCGCCGGAGGCGGCGGUGCUAGGGUGGUUGGAGGUGGAGGAGGUUGUUGCUCCGGGAAGAGAAAAAGCAUUUAUAAAGGAAUAAGGAUGAGGAAGUGGGGAAAGUGGGUUGCUGAAAUUAGAGAGCCCAACAAACGGUCCAGGAUAUGGUUGGGCUCAUAUUCAACGCCUGUGGCAGCGGCACGGGCUUACGAUACUGCUGUUUACUAUCUUCGCGGGCCCUCAGCCCGGUUAAAUUUCCCUGAGUUGUUAGUCGGUGAUGGCGGGCUCAGUGAUUUGUCUGCUGAUUCAAUUCGUAAGAAGGCAGUAGAAGUUGGUGCCAGAGUCGACGCUACCCAAAGCUCACUGGCUAGUCAUGACCACAGCCACAGCCACAGCCAUGAUCAGCAACGGCUACGUGAAUCUAGGAACCAUCUUUGUGAAAGUGAAAACCCAGCCCGGUUAAAGCCAUGUUGGUUUCAGGAAAAGCCCGAUUUGAACUUGAAACCCGAGCCUGAAGACCCAGAACUCGAUUACUGGUGAGUUUUGGUGAUGGUGGGCUCAUUCAAUUCGUAAGAAGGCUGUGGAAGAUGGUGCUAGAGUUGACGCUAUCCAAAACUUACUGGUCAUUCACGAACACGGCGACAGCCAUAACCAACAAAGGCGACAAAGCCCAGCCCGAUUAAAGCCAUAGUUGGUUUCAGGAGAAGCCCGAGCCCGAGGACCCAGAACUCGAUUACUGGUGAGUUGCUGAGAAGUAAGAACACAAGCCGCCUGUAAUCUCCAAAUUCCAAAACGUGGCAGCUUAGGACUGUUUUAUUCUCUGAGUUAUCAUCUCCUCUUUUUCAUUGUAAAAAUUGUCGAGCCUAAUCUGAAUACAACAGCACUGAUGUUUUAACA